GAGCCUAUGACAACAUCGGACUAGAGAUGUUGAACGGACGCUUGGACUGGAGACUGGAGACUGGAGACUGGAGACUGGAGAGAGUUUGCUGGAUUGAAUUCUGGGGCCCUGGGUGAUGUAAUGGCUGUCGUCAUGGAUAAGGAUUUCCUCAUGGACUGAUGGGUUUAGAGAGAGAGAGAGAGAGAGAGAGAGAGAGGGGUCUGGCACCACCAGAACCACGUGAAGUGCUGUUGACUAAUUGCAACGUAGACUAGAUCAACCACUUCCAACUGAAGAACACAACUGGGAAAUCAAUUUCAAUUCUUCAGUCACUUUGUUCACUGAGUAUUUGAUAAAAAGCCUCAAAGAAAGGGAAGAAAGUAAUAUGGCUUCCACAAUGGAAGAAGAAGAAGAGAGUCAGUUGUUGGCCAUGCAAAUGGUGAGUGCUUCUGUUCUGCCCAUGGUAUUGAAAGCAGCUUUGGAGCUUCAUGUGUUCGACAUAAUAGCCGAAGCUGGUCCGGGCGCAUGCCUCUCCCCUACAGACAUCGCAUCUCGGCUCCCCACUCAGAACCCAGAUGCACCUGAUCUUCUUGAUCGUAUGCUUCGUCUUCUGGUUUCCCAUUCUCUUCUCACUUGCUCUGUUCUCAGCCAUGAUCACAGGGUCUAUGCCUUGGCACCUGCCUCCAAACUGUUUGUUAAGGACAAGGAUGGAGGGUCUUUGGCUACCAUGUUUCAUAUUUUCAAUGGUCACACUUUCGUCAAGAGCUGGUACCACUUGAAGGAAUCAAUUCUAGAAGGAGGUGGCCUUCCAUUUCAAAAGGCAUAUGGAGAGAACCUUACCGACUACCUUGCGAAGGACCCUAAACUGAAGGAGGUUUUCGGAAGCGCAUUGUUUGAAUUCAAUGUCCCCUUCAUGAAGAAGGUUCUUGACACAUACAAAGGGUUUGAAGGCCUGCAAGUUCUGGUUGAUGUAGGCGGAGGGACUGGACAAAUCCUUAGCAUGAUUAUCUCCAAAUAUCCAUCCAUCAAGGGCAUCAACUUCGAUCUGCCUCAUGUCAUUGAAAGAGCUCCCCCUUAUUCAGGUGUGGAACAUGUCGGAGGAGAUAUGUUUACAAGUAUUCCAAAAGGAGAUGCAAUUUUUAUGAAGAAUAUAAUUCAUCACCUUUGUAGUGAAGAACAGUGCUUGAAGUUACUAAAAAGUUGCUACGAAGUGUUACCAGAUUUUGGAAAGUUGAUUGUUGUGGAUUUGAUUGCUCAAACCUCCCCAGAGACAAAUAUUGCUGCUAAAGGCAUUCUGCAAAUGGAAAUGUUGUUUGGAACUAUAAUGAACACUAAUGGAAAGGAGAGGACAAAAGAAGAAUUUUCUGCUUUAGCAAGAGAAGCUGGAUUUGCUGGUAUUAAUGUGGCAUGUUGUGCUUACACCUUCUCAGUCAUCGAAUUCUAUAAAUAGAUGUAAUAUUUAACACUCAUUUAGUACUUGCUUGAAUAAAAUGCACUAUGUGAUUCACAUUA